AUGGCUUACAAACUCUUUGGUACGGCAGCCGUGCUAAACUACGACCUCCCAGCUGAACGGCGUGCGGAGCUGGACGCCAUGUCUAUGGAGGACCUCAUGGCGUCAUUCCGUGCGCAAGGGGAGCGCUUCGCGAGAGGCAGGUCGCAGUUCCGUGGCGUGAGCUGGCACAAGGGAAGUGCGAAGUGGCAUGCAAACAUCUGGACAGGCGACGGUAAGCAGAAAUGCUUGGGCUACUUCAGCAGUGAGGAGGCCGCGGCUCUGGCCUACGAUGCCGCCGCCCGGAAGGCCUUCGGCACUGCCGCCAAACUCAAUUUCCCCCAUGGGGAGCCGCAAAGAGGGGGCAGUGCUGUGGCCCCCGCACCCCACACCGCCGCCACCGACGCCGCCGGCGGUAGCGCAGCCGCAGCACCGUCAGCCGGCGGCAUCUCCGCAAGAGGCGGCGACCCGAGUGCAGCCUUAGGACCACCCGCCGCCGCCGCCAACACUGCCGCCGCCGGGGCUGCAAGCCAAGAGUCACUAACAGCUCCUCCCCAAGCCAUCCGCAAGCGCCCCAUAAUGAGGAAUGCCAAGAAGUCCGCUGCGGCCACUGCAACAGAAUCCGAAACCGCGUGCCGUACAGCCGCUGCUGCUGCCGCUGCUGCUGCAGGCCCUAGCUCGUCCCCCUCGACCGCCGUGAUCCCCGCGGCAGACGCCGCCACAGCUACUGCCGCCCCGGCCGCCGCUGCCGCAGCCGCUGCGAUUCUAGGACGAUCUGAGCCACCUGUCGGGAGUGCUGCUGAGGCUUUUCAGGAUUCUACGACGGUUGGUACGGCAACGGUUGGUACUGGCGUCGACGUGGAUGUUGAGGAGGGGGAGGAGGAAGGGGGGGAAGAGGAGGGGGGUGCCAGCGGCAGCGAAUACGCGGACACUGGGGAGGAGGAGGUCAGCGGGUCUGGAGGAACCAGCGGGGACCAGGAUGAUGCGUACGGAACGGACGAGUACGAGUACGAGUACGAGUACGACGAGGCGGAACCAAUAUCACCGUGCACCGUGCAAGCCCUACAGGCCGUACAGCUCCCAGGCUGGGAGCACCUCACCCGCUCCGACGUUGCCUCUUGA